ACCAAAGAACGUUCCAAUCUCUGUCGUCUAGCUACAGGUAGCCACUAUAAUUUUGGUUAUUGAAUAGUUUCUCUCACAACACAAGCAUAAAUUCAUUUGAAACAGACGGAUAUCUUUGGAACAGACUUGACGUUUCACUGCUUCAUUUAAUUGUGAAUUGUGAAGAGGAUUUGUAUUUCUUUUAAUUUUCGUUGAUCUUAUUUGCUGGAAACGUCGUGGCAUAACUGUGGAUAUCAAACCUGUGUAAAUCAUCGCCUUUAUUGAUACCUGAAAAGAGGAGGGGUUUGCGAUGGAUGGGGAGCAGUUCAAACAGAACUCGGAGGAGAUGUCAUCGUACAUCGUAAAGUACUUGGACAAUAUUUCUGACUAUCGUGUCUUUCCUGAUGUUGCCCCUGGCUACCUCCGGAAGAUGCUACCCGAGGAAGCGCCGGUCAAAGGGGAGGAGUGGCAGGAUAUCAUGUCAGAUGUCAACACCAAGAUCAUGCCUGGGGUAACCCAUUGGCAACAUCCACGUUUUCAUGCCUACUUUCCGGCGGGAAACUCAUACCCAAGCAUUUUAGCAGACAUGCUUUCUGAUGCAAUCGGCUGCAUAGGCUUUUCAUGGGCAGCGAGUCCAGUAUGUACGGAACUUGAAACGAUAAUGAUAGACUGGUUAGGUCGGAUGCUCAACCUUCCAAAGCAUCUUCUUCCGUUCACAGACAACUGCAGAGGUGGUGGAGUCAUCCAGGGUUCAGCAAGUGAAUGCACUCUCGUGACAAUGCUGGCAGCGAGAACGACGGCGCUGCGAAGAUACAAGGAAAAGUACCCGGAUAUAGAGGAUGGUGUACUACUGACAAAGCUUGUAGCGUACUGCUCAAACCUGGCACACUCGUCAGUCGAAAAAGCGGGAAUUAUUUCAUUUGUGAAAACACAUCAGCUUCCAACGGACGACCAGUACUCCCUACGGGGGACCACACUCCUAGAAGCAAUUCAGCUCGACGAGGAAAGAGGACUUAUACCUUUCUAUGUGUGUGGAACGCUCGGAACGACUGGGUGCUGCGCGUCUGACGCAAUUGACGAGUUGGGCGAGAUCUGCCAAGAACGGGGGCUCUGGUUUCACGUCGACGGCGCAUACGGGGGCAACGCCCUCAUAUGCCCCGAGUUCAGUUACCUACUAACCGGCUUUGAGUAUGUAGACUCCUUCAACUUCAAUCCCAACAAAUGGAUGCUCGUAAACUUCGACUGUUCCGUAAUGUGGAUACGGGACAAAACAGCUCUUACCAGUACUUUCAAUGUUAACCCUCUGUAUCUACAACAUGAAAAUGACGAUGCUGCAAUAGACUACAGGCACUGGACAAUUCCAUUGAGUAGAAGAUUUCGAGCAUUAAAGCUUUGGUUCGUGAUAAGGACCUAUGGUGUAGAAGGACUUCAAAAAUAUAUCAGGAAUCACGUCAAACAAGCGAAGGCAUUCGAGGAGCUCGUCUGGAACGAUAACCGCUUUGAAGUCUUGGGCGAAGUCACGAUGGGUCUUGUGUGCUUCAGGUUAAAGGGCGAGAACAGUCUAACGGAGAGACUCCUGAAGAACAUCAACGACUCCGGGAAGCUCCACAUGAUACCGUCGUCACUCAACGGCAAGUACGUCAUCCGAUUCGCAAUCUGCCACCAGUACGCGAGCGAGGACGACGUCAGUUAUGCCUGGGAUGUCGUCAAGAUGAUGGCCGACGAGGUCUGUCGACCACCGAGUCGUCUUCUUCGUCAACGUCGUCCCUCCGUACUCGACAACCGAAUCACUGCCUUCAUGCACACCACGAGCUCACAGUAUGCGGAGAUGCUCCGCGAGACACCCGAGUCACCGUCGACAUCAGAGACCAGUAGCACCAGCGAAGACGACAUCGAGGUCAAGGGCGAGCAGGAGGACGAGAAGUCGUUGAAGGCGAGCAUCGCCAUUUUGGAAUCGCGCUUCAGCGACGCAAUCAACAUCCCUAACGUAAGAGGCACGCGGGAUGAGAUCAAUAACGCACGCAGUCCUCGAGGUGCAGGCAGUCAUCGCGGUGUCCGUACGGUGAGCGAUUCGACCCCGCACUCUCGCCGUCGGAAGCAGAGCGUCUUCCAGCGCCCUGUCGCAUACGAGAUCGACGCGUUCGGAAAACUGAAAGAGAGCUUCAGAGUCCAGCGGUUGAGUUUUGAUAAUGGGGAGCAGAAGAACAACAGCAGACUUAACAACCGGAGGAUGACUAUAUUUUGAGCAUUCCUUGAAAGAUUUGCAGUUGACGAUAAUUAGCGUAAAAGAAACUCCUAUAGGCCUACAGAGUAUGACAUUUGCACACGAGGCGUUGUUUCGAUUGCGUUUAAUUACAUGCGCUAUAAUGAAGCCUAUGGGCAUUUAGCCCAUUGAUGCGCCAGGUAUUGUUUGCUAAUUAAUUUUCGCCUCAUUUCCUGCCAUGUAGUAUUGUAGAUAGCCAGUUGCUGUCAUAUAUAUCUCUUAUUUUUGUUGAUAAACAGUGCAUUUUGUAUUCACUUCUUGCCAAUGUAGAGUUGUAUAUAGCCAGUUGCUAUAUAUAUCUUUUGUUUCUGUUGAUAAACAGUGAAUUUGCAUUCACUUCUUGCCAACGUAGAGUUGUAGAUAGCCAGUUGCUAUAUAUAAUGUUUUUGUUGGUAAACAGUGCAUUUUGCAUUCACUUCUUGCCAAUGUAGAGUUGUAGAUAGCCAGUUGCUAUAUAUAUCUUUUGUUUGUGUUGGUAAACAGUGCAUAUGCAUUCAUUUCUCGCCAAUGAAGUGUUUUAGAUGACCAGCCGUUAUAUAUAUCUUUUUCUUUUUUGUUGAUAAACAGCAGCAAAAAUGGGCUCGUUCUAUAUCAGGAAGAUUGAGAUGAUCGCACGAUUAUAAUUUAGCAAUUAUAUGCCCGUUUCGCACGAUGUGUCAUAUCCACUGGUGAUUACUUGCGCCAAUUAAGUAGAUGCUUGCCUAAUCAAGCCUUUGAACACAAAUGUCCCAAACGCCAAUCAUUAUUAUCAAUAAACAACAUUUUUUUUCGCUAGAAAGUUGCCUACAUAA